AUGGCAGCUUUCAACCUCACCCACUCUGACACAUCAACAUUCAUCCUAACAGGCAUCCCUGGUCUGGAAGAUGCCCAUGUCUGGAUUUCCCUCCCAUUCGCUACUUGCUACAUUGUUGGCCUAUUGGGAAAUUUCAUGGUUCUGUUUGUAGUAGGCAAAGAACAGACCCUGCACCAGCCGAUGUACCUGCUGCUCUGCCUGCUGGCGCUCACCGACAUCACUAUGUCUACCUCCGUCGUGCCAAAGGCCCUGGGUAUAUUUUGGUUCAAUUUGGAAGUCAUCACAGUGAGUGGCUGCCUCACCCAGCUUACCUUCCUUGGCACGGUUUCUGCAAUGCAAUCAGCCAUCCUUGUGACAAUGGCCUUUGAUCGCUACAUGGCCAUAUGUAACCCUCUGAGAUACACCACCAUCCUAAGCAAUGAACGGAUAGCUGUGCUAGGGCUGGUCAGUUUCAUCAGAGGGAUUGUCUAUGCACUGCCUCUGCCCCUGAUGCUGAGCCGGCUGCCGUUCUGUGCCAACCGCAUCAUCCCUCACACGUAUUGUGAAGGUAUCGCUGUGGCAAAGAUUUCAUGUGGGGACCUCACAUUCUACAGGCUCUAUGGCUUGGUGAUGGGCCUUGUACUUUCUGGAUUAGACAUGACGCUCAUCGCCCUGUCCUACAGUUUGAUCAUCAAGGCCCUCCUCAGAAUCUCCUCCAAGAAAGCCCAUCGGAAAGCACUCAACACUUGCACAGCCCACGUCUGUGUGAUUCUGAUGUCUUAUACCCCCUACCUCUUCUCCAACCUGACACACCGGUUUGGUCAAGGCAUUGCUCCUUACAUUCACAUAAUCUUGGCCAACAUCUAUGUCCUUGUCCCCCCCAUGCUCAAUCCCAUCAUUUAUGGGGUCAAAACCCAAGACCUCCGUGACAAAAUGAAGAAAAACAUCUGCAGAAUGUGA